AUGGAAAAAUCCUUCAGUGCAGAAGUCAGCUUUCAGUUCAGACAUUUUUGUUUGGCUCUGACGAUGAUUUUUGCAAUAGAGGAAAUAAACAACGAUACAACCCUGCUUCCCGGUGUCACACUGGGAUACCGCAUAUACGAUUCUGGUGAUUUGCCCUGGUUAUCGCUUAAAGCAGCUAUGGCGUUUCUGAACAAACCUGAGGCAAAAAUGCCCUCUACUAACUGUAAAAGCUCCUCUGUUGUUUCUGCGAUUGUUGCUGAUGCUGGAUCCACGCAGUCUUUAGCAAUAGCACCUUCCAUCGAUACCUUCAGAAUCCCUAUGGUUAGCUACUUUUCUACCUGUGCAUGCCUGAGCAAUAGAAAGGAUUAUCCAUCUUUUUUUUAAACAAUACCAAGUGAUUACCAUCAAGCUAGAGCAUUAGCCCAGCUGGUGAAACAUUUCGGAUGGACCUGGAUUGGGACGGUUAAGAGUGAUGAUGACUAUGGAAACUUUGGAAUGCAAGCAUUUGAAGAGGCAGUUCAACAGUUUGGUGUUUGCAUAGCCUUUUCUAUGUCGUUCCAUGUAACUCACGCUCGAGAGAAGUUACUGAAAACAAUUGAAACCAUAAAAACCUCCACUACAAAAGUUGUCAUUGCAUUUGUUGGUGAACCAAACGUGCAUACUCUGCUAAAAGAAAUGAUUAGACAAAAUGUUAGUGGCAUACAGUGGAUUGGAAGCAAAUCAUGGGUUUCCACAUUUCUUCUUCCUUCAGAGGAAAGUAAAAAGAUUACUUCCGGUGCAAUUGGAAUUGCAAUUCGCAAAGUCGGUAUACCAGAAUUGAGGAAGUUCCUAAUGAAAGUUCAUCCAUCCUUGUGUCCAGGGAACCCCUUGGUGAAAAAGUUUUGGGAAACUUGUUUUGGCUGCACUCUAAGUGGUGGAAACAAAACAGAUUCUCCAAAGACUGAAUCGGAGUUUAAGGAAUGUACAGGGAGAGAAAAUUUACAGAAUGUUCAAAAUGAAUUUACUGAUGUGUUGCAAUACAGAGUCAGUUACAACGUAUACAAAGCAACUUAUGCAAUAGCUCAUGCACUUCACAAUAUGGCGACAUAUAAAACUGGCGAAGGACCUUUCUCCAAUGGGAGUUGUGCAAAUCUGUCAAACUUUCAUGCAUGGCAGUUACUGUACUACAUGAGAACAGUGAGUUUCCAAACCAAGAUCGGUGAAAAGGUUUAUUUUGAUGAUAACAGAGACCCUGUCCCAUCAUAUGACAUUGUAAACUGGCAACCAAAUACCUUUGGUGACAUUUAUAUUGUAAAUGUUGGGCACUAUGAUGGGUCAGCUCGUUCUGGAGAGGAAUUUUCGAUAACAGAAGAGGCAAUUGUUUGGACUGGUGGCCGGAAUUUGGUUCCUAAAACUAUUUGUUCUGAAAGCUGCCAUCAAGGAACAAGGAAAUCAGGAAGAAAAGGACAACCUAUUUGCUGUUUUGAUUGCAUACAAUGUGCACAAGGAGAAUUUAGUAACACAACUGGUUCUGUUUAUUGCAUAAAAUGUCCAUUGGAAUUUAAAUCUAAUGAAAAAUGGGACCAGUGCAUCCCUAAGUAAAUUGUGUAUCUUUCCUUCUUCGAAACAAUUGGAAUCAGCCUGGUGACAUUGGCGUUGUUGGGAGCCUGCAUCACUAUUGCUGUAUUCGAAAUAUUCUACAUCUAUAGACACACUCCAAUUGUUAAAGCUAAUAAUGCUGAGUUAAGCCUCCUUCUUCUUUUUGCCUUGGCACUUUGUUUUCUGUCUUCAAUUACAUUCAUCGGUGAACCUUCAGUUUGGUCUUGCAUGCUCUGCCAUGUAGCAUUUGGUGUUAGUUUUGUUCUUUGCAUUUCUUGUAUAUUGAGUAAAACAAUUGUUGUGGUGAUGGCAUUCAAAGCAACAUUUCCCAGCAAUAACAUGAUGAAGUGGUUUGGACCAAGACAACAACGGAUGAUGGUUUACAUCCUCACACUGGUACAAUGUGCAAUAUGUACUGCCUGGUUAAUUAUAUUACCACCUCAUCCUUUGAAAAACACUAGUCUCUCUAAUGAGAUAAUCGUGUUUGAAUGCAAUGUAGGAUCUUCGUUAGCCUUCUAUUGUGUACUUGGUUAUAUUGGAUUUCUAUCCUGUGUGUGCUUUAUGGUAGCACUUCUUGCUCGACAUCUCCCAGUUAACUUCAAUGAAACAAAACAUAUAACGUUUAGCAUGCUUAUCUUUUGCGCAGUUUGAAUAACUUUCAUUCCAGCGUACAUAAGUUCACCAGGGAAAUAUGCUGUUGCUGUUGAAAUAUUUUCUAUUUUGGCUUCAUGUUUUGGUCUUCUUUUUUGCAUUUUUGCUCCAAAAUGUUAUAUUAUUCUUCUGAAAGAAGAAAACAAUACAAAUAGGAACAUGAUGGAUUCAGUGGCUUCCAAAAAGUGCUUUCAAAACGUUUGUCAAUGA